AAGCGGAUGCGUCCGAAGGGAAAGGAAAGUCUAGGAAGAUCGUGUCUCUAUGGGCGCGCUCUUCCGCCCGCUUGGAUGCCUUUCGGUUUCCAGUUCUCAGGAAUCACGUGACAGGCGGCGGGCGUGGAAUCCUGCUAGUUGCAGGUUUGCUUGGGUCGCCUUGGGGACUGGUGUCUCUCGGAGGCUUGCCCCUCUCCCUCCGUACGGCGGCGAAUCGCCCUGUUAAGCGAGGAAGCCGAUGCCGCGCUUUCCCUGCGGCCAUGGAAGACCCGGCGGUGCUGGUGCUGAAGCGGGCGGUGGAGCUGGACUCGGCUUCUCGCUUCCAGGAGUCCCUUGUUUGCUAUCAGGAAGGGAUUGAUCUCCUGAUGCGGGUUCUCAAAGCAACAAAAGAUCAGAAGAAAAAGGCUCAUUACAGAGACAAAAUAAUGAGUUACAUGGACAGGGCAGAAGAGAUUAAGAAAUAUAUUGAGAAAGAGAAAGAAGAUGGAAAAUACCACAAACAAAUUAAAAUAGAAGAAAAUUCAAAAGGUUUCAGCUAUGAAAAGCUGUUCCAAGAAUAUCUUAAUGAAACUGUUACAGAGGUUUGGGUUGAGGACCCUUACAUUAGGCAAGUCCAUCAGUUGUACAACUUCUUAAGAUUCUGUGAAAUGCUUGUUAAAGGACCAUGCAAAGUGAAAACUAUACAUCUUCUUACUUCUCAUGAUGAAGGCAAUGAAAAGAGUCAACAAUUGACUAUCCUAGAAGAGAUACAACAAUCCCUGAAAGAUUUUGGCGUUACUCUGGAUGUAUCAUAUUCUCCGUCAAUACACGAUCGAGAAAUUAGAUUCAACAAUGGAUGGAUGAUUAAAAUUGGAAGAGGCCUUGAUUAUUUUAAGAAACCACAGGGUCGUUUUUGCCUUGGAUACUGCGAUUUUGAUUUGAGACCAUGUCAUGAAACUACAGUGGACAUCUUUCACACUAAACAUACAAAGAAAACAUGACCCUAAGUUCCCAAACCAACCAGUCUCACUGGUGUGUUGUUGUUUUUUUGAGCAAGAGCUACUUUAUUCCACUACAUCCACUAUGCAUUUUUGUAAAGUAAACUGAUUGUAUUUUUUUUAAUUAAAAAAAUCUGCACAUCAGCCUGAUAGCUUAUCUAAACAAAAUGACAUGUUUACCCCCAGAGUAAUGAACUGUCGGUGAAGACCACAAUUCUGAUUUGCUUCCUUGUGCUGGGCUAUCUGAUUUGCUUCCCAUACCAUGUGGAAGGAUACUCUAAAAAGCC